AUGAAAGUUGAUAUUGUCUUAACUGACAACUCUGAGAACAUAAGUUUAGAUUUUAUUUCAACAUCGAUGUAUCUAACGGAUAGCUACGUUAAUAAGUCUCUCGAAAUAAACGAGACGACUAAUGAUUUGGUUUACAGCAACCAGUUCGAAAACGAUGCUAUUAUUGUAUUCUUUAUUAUUUUAAAAUGUAUUAUAAUGCUGUUUAUAAUAUUAGCAGCUAUAUUCGGAAACUUAUUGGUUAUAGUUUCGGUUAUGAGACAUAGAAAAUUAAGGGUCAUCACAAAUUAUUUUGUCGUGUCUUUAGCGUUGGCGGAUAUGUUGGUUGCUAUCUGGGCUAUGUGUUUUAACUUCAGUGUUGAAAUUACCAAUGGGGAAUGGUUGUUCGGGUACUUUAUGUGCGAUGUUUGGAACUCCUUGGAUGUAUAUUUCUCGUCAGCUUCGAUUUUACAUCUUUGUUGUAUAAGUGUUGAUAGGUAUUACGCUAUAGUUCAACCUUUGGAUUACCCUUUGAUUAUGACUAGUGGGAAGUUGGGAAUUAUGUUGGCUGUUGUCUGGUGUAGCCCAGCUUUAGUAUCCUUUUUACCAAUAUUCGCUGGAUGGUACACAACUCAUGAGCAUUUGGAUUUUAGACGACGUCAUCCGAAGGUCUGCAGUUUUACUGUGAACAAAGUGUAUGCGGUGAUAUCUAGCAGUGUCAGCUUCUGGAUUCCUGGUGUUAUCAUGAUCUUCAUGUAUUAUAGAAUUUACGUGGAAGCGGAUAGACAAGAGAGGAUGUUAUACAGGAGUAAAGUAGCAGCUCUACUCCUGGACAAGCAUCUCCAGAUCAACGGCAUCUCGAUGGGUGACGUCAUGAGAGAGAGACAGAGCAUACAGAUGCAGCCUAUGGCGAGCAGUAAGAUGAAGCGAGAGAGAAAAGCGGCCAGGACUCUUGGAAUCAUCAUGUCGGCGUUCCUCGCAUGCUGGUUGCCGUUCUUCUUAUGGUACAUAAUAACAGCGCUGUGUGGGGACGCGUGCCCCUCCCCGCCGCCGGUGGUCGCAGCUGUGUUCUGGGUGGGAUAUUUCAACUCGGCACUUAAUCCACUUAUUUACGCUUACUUCAAUCGGGACUUUCGAGCGGCUUUUAGGAAGACAUUGGGCUCGUGUUGCAGAUCGCUGUUCGGUGACAUCGGACGUCGGUUUUGCUGCCCUCAACAAUUAUUACGAAGAGAACAUCAUCAUUCGAACGCGUCUUCUGAUAUACAUAUGAAUAAUUGCGUGAAGUCGACCUCAGCGGAUGUACUACGACACCAACCUUGCAGUUCUAAAAUCGAGAAUAUCGAAAUCGCUGCAUAAUAUCGAUACCACGCU